AUGGACAAUGAUGAUUUGUUACAAGUAGAUGAAGCAGAAGAAGUUGAAAUGAAUGACAAUACAUUAGCAUUAGCAAUUCCUGAACUAUUAAGCAAUAAAAUACAGUCUAAAAAAUGUUCAUUUGGUAGUUCAUGUUAUAUAGAAGUUGUUGCAUAUGAAAUGUUUUCAAAAUUAUUUUUUCAAAAAUUCAAUAGAAAAAAGCUAAGUUAUGAUCAAAAGCAAAAGUUAAAUCAGCUUUAUAUGCAGAGUUUACUUGAUAAAUAG